AUGGAGCCGCCGACAUGGGUCAUUCUGCUUCUGCUGGUCAUCGUUCAGAUCGGCUUUGGAGGCUACUCGAUCGUCUUGCAGGCCUUUGCCAAGAAUGAGCAUGCCGACUCCCUCGUCUUUAGCACCCUGCGCGAUGCUUUUUGUGCCCCUGUUCUGAUGUUGGCGGCCAUUGUGACCGAAGGCGGCUUUCGCGUUCCCCGCGUCUCGGAGCUCGCAUUCUUUGGCGCGCUCGGUCUGACGGGCAUGUUUGGCAAUCAGCUUGGCUUUAUUGAGGGUCUUUAUUACGCUGGACCGGACGUAGCCAGCAUUUUCCAGCCCUUGAUUCCCGUUUUCACGGCUUUUUUUGCCUUUGUCGUCUGCAUGGAGCGCCUUCCCUCCUCCUCCCGCUGGUAUCAGUGGUUCAAAGUGGCUGGCAUCUGCCUUGGAGCUGGCGGCGCUAUUGUCAUGACGCUCGCCAAGUCCAGCUCUGCUGAUUCGAUUGAUAUCAAGCAAUUCAAUUCGACAGCUUGCAAUGAUACAGCCUACAACGUGACCACCUGGUCUCAGAAGGAUUGCCACUUGUGGUCCGACCUUGACGGAGUGGUCCCAGCCUAUCAACAGAUUGGUCUGGCGCUGGAGGCGAGCUGUAAUAACUCGAUUGUCACGCUAUCAUUUUACAAUGACAGCAAAUGCGCAUCCCCCAUGAACAUCAACAUGAUCUUGAAUGAUACGUGCAGCGCAUUGACUGAUAAGACCACCUGGUCAUGUGCCUCCAGCUCUGGCGCAAAGAGCGAGAUUCUCGGCAUCAUCUUUUUGAUCAUCAACUGCUCCUCCAUGGCCUUUUACGUGCUGUUGCAAAAGCGCUACAUCUUUGAUGGGUCUGGCACCAUCAGUCGCUGGGGCAAAUACCCGGUGCAUGUCACUGCUUGGAGCUACUUGUUUGGGGCUUUGUGCAUGGCAAUUGCCACGGGAAUCCGGUAUGCCAUCCAGCAAGACAAGUCUGUUUUCGUGAUCAAAACAGCAACCUUUGGUGGCCUGGCCUACGCUGUGUUGGUUAGCUCAGCUCUGUGCUACGGCCUCAUCACUUUCUGCAACAAAUACAUCUCCAGUCUUGUUGUGACGGCCAGCUGGCCCCUCCAGGUCUUUGUAACGGUGAUCCUGUCCUACAUUGUCUUCAACAUUAAGCUGCAGUCCUUGGAAUAUGUGGGCAUGGGUUUGAUUUUACUUGGCAUGAUGGCUGUUGCCUAUGGCAACUUCCGCGAGCAGCAGGAGAAGCGACGGGAUGGCUACGACAUGCUUAUCAACGAUACAGAUUAG